AUGCGGACCCACCUGUACUCUACCUUCGUGGACCUGACGAAAGCCUUCGACACGGUGAAUCGUGAAGGACUGUGGAAGAUCAUGCAGAAAUUCGGCUGUCCGGAGCGAUUCACUCAGAUGGUGCGUCAGCUGCAUGACGGUAUGAUGGCGCGAGUCACGGACAACGGCGCUGUCUCAGAGUCAUUCGCAGUGACCAAUGGAGUGAAGCAGGGUUGCGUACUGUCGCCUACCCUCUUCAGUCUUAUGUUCUCUGCCAUGCUGAUGGACGCCUACCGCGACGAACGCCCUGGAAUCCGCAUCGCCUACAGAACGGACGGUCAUCUCUUGAAUCAACGGCGCAUGAAAUUCCAAUCGCGUGUAUCCACAACCACCGUGCACGAACUCCUAUUCGCCGACGACUGCGCCCUGAACACCACCUCGGAAGAGGAGAUGCAACGGAGCAUGGACCUGUUCUCCGCCGCCUGCGAGAACUUCGGUCUGGUCAUUAACACGCAGAAGACGGUGGUGAUGCACCAACCGCCACCCCACUCAGUCACAGUCCCCAACGCGCCACCGCAAAUCAGCGUGAACGGAACCCAACUGCAAGUGGUGGAGAACUUCCCGUACCUGGGCAGCACCCUAUCACGCAACACCAAGAUCGAUGACGAAGUCGCCAACAGGAUCUCGAAAGCCAGUCAAGCCUUCGGUCGCCUUCAACGCACAGUCUGGAAUCGUCACGGUCUUCAACUAAGCACGAAACUGAAGAUGAACAAGGCCGUCAUCCUGCCGACGCUACUGUAUGGAGCGGAGACCUGGACGGUGUACACGAGGCAGGCACGCCGUCUGAACAACUUCCACCUCAGUUGUCUUAGUCGCAUCCUGAGGCUGAACUGGCAGGAUCGCAUCCCGGACACUGAUGUGCUGGAACGAACGGGAAUGCUCAGCAUCUACUCCAUGUUGAGACAAAUGCAGCUGCGCUGGAGCGGCCACCUGGUGCGCAUGGACGACGAGCGACUACCCAAACGACUCUUCUACAGAGACGUCGCGACGGGUUCUCGCCGUCAAGGAGGCCAGAUUCGACGUUACAAGGAUACCCUGAAGUCCUCCCUGAAACGCCUGCAAAUCAACCUCACCAACUGGGAAGAGCUCGCACUCGAUCGACCGACCUGGAGGAGGACAGUGAAGACAGACACUGCGAUCUACGAAGCCAACCGCAUCGCUGCCGCCAAACGAAACGUGAAGCCCGCAAAUCACAAUUUCGCCCAGUACGCAACGCCGCCGCACAACCGCUUCCAACGUGUUCUUGAUGCCAACGGACAUUCAGGAAUCGAAUCGGACUUGUUGGACAUCUUCGGAUCAACUGCGCCGCUCGAACUGCACCAAUCAUCGUCCCCCCGCCCGCCUCUUCCUCUUCCUCUCCACCGCCAACUUACUCUGACAAUUCUUCUGACGCACCACUUCCAUGCUCCUCCUCCUCCCCCUCCUCCUCCUCCUCCUCUUCCUCCUCCUCCUCUUCCUCCUCCUCGCCCACUGCUUCAGCGCCGGCCGCUCAGGCGACUGUCACUCACGCAACAACCGACACUACCACCACCUCCCCCGACUCCAGCGAUGAGGAUCAGGACUACACCUGCCCUCACUGCGACCGCACCUUCACCUCACACAUCGGCCUGGUCGGUCACUUACGAAUACAUCGCACAGAGGUUGGCGAACCAGUGCCUGGAGCACCAACCUUCACUCACCGCAAUCGCCUUCACUGCCCACACUGCCCUCGCACAUUCACGCAUCGUAGGAGUCUAUUCGGUAACAUGCGCAUUCACGAGAGCGGAACUGACCACAAUUCCGACACACCCACCACAUCCAACACAUCCACCGUGCACACCCCCACCCUCGCUCCAUCCGUCUGCGCCGCCGCCGCCGCCGCCGCCGCCACCACCACCACCAUCACCACCACCGCCUCCUCUGUAGCUGACAAUGACACCACCGACUUCUCAUGCCCACACUGUCCACGCACAUUCACCUCACGCGUCGGCCUGGUCGGUCACAUGCGAAUCCAUCGCACAGAGACCGGCGAACCAGUGCCUAGAGCACCCACCUAUGCCCACCAAGCUCGUCUCAACUGCCCACACUGCCCUCGCACUUUCAGGCAUCGCAUGGGCCUAUUCGGCCACAUGCGCAUCCAUGACGACCUGCGGUAG